CCUUGGGGCGGGGCGGGGCCGCCUCUUGGGGCGGGGCAGGCGCCUACCCCCGGGACUCCAACCCGGAACUAGUCUGGCUCCCUUGGGAAGGCCGCGGCGCUUGGCCUGGAGCGAGCCUGACCGUUGAGUGCGGGCCACGGGGUCCAGGCCUUGGACAGGGAGACGCCCUCGUUCUCGGAGGCACCAGACCAGGCACGCCCUCGGCCGGAGGUUGGACAGUCUGGAAACUACAGGCGUCCCCGCCCAGCUGGACCAUGGCGCCCCCGAGGAACGUGGUGAAGAUCGCGGUCCAGAUGCGUGACGCCAUCCCACAACUCAUCCGGCUGGACCAGGCAAAGCCUCUGGCUGCUGUGCUGAAGGAGGUGUGCGACGCGUGGAGCUUGGUUCACUCUGAACGCUAUGCCCUGCAGUUUGCUGAUGGACAUAGGAAAUACAUCACUGAGAACAACCGUACAGAGAUCAAGAAUGGCAGCAUCCUGUGCCUCAGCACUGCCCCAGACCUUGAGGCUGAGCGACUGUUGGGUGGGCUGCAGUGUGGGAGCCGUGAAAGGCGCCGGGAAACUCUGCAGCACCUCGUCUUGCUGGCCCCAGACAUGACCUUUGCCCAGGAGGUCAUCAGCCGUGAUGGGCUUCAGAGACUAGGCACCAUCAUUGAGGAUGGAGAUGACUUAGGGGAAUUGCUGGCCCUUGCACUGAGGGCCUUCUUGGAGCUCAUGGAACAUGGCAUGGUGUCUUGGGAGACGCUCAGCAUCCCUUUUGUUAGGAAGGUGGUAUGCUAUGUGAACAUGAACUUGAUGGAUGCAUCUGUGCAGCCCCUGGCUCUCAGGCUGUUGGAGAGUGUGACUUUGAGCAGCCCUGCCCUGGGCCAGCUGGUCAAAAGUGAGGUGCCACUGGAUAGGCUGCUGGUACACCUACAGGUGAUGAACCAGCAGCUACAAACCAAGGCUAUGGCCUUGCUGACAGCCUUGCUGCAGGGGGCCAGCUCUACUGAACGCAAGCACAUGCUUGACUACCUGUGGCAGAGAAACCUUCGCCAGUUCAUCUAUAAGAACAUCAUCCACAGUGCAGCACCGCUGGGCGAUGAGAUGGCUCAUCAUUUGUACGUACUGCAGGCCCUUAUGUUGGGGCUGCUGGAGCCACGUAUGCGGACACCACUGGACCCCUACAGCCAGGAACAGCGGGAGCAGCUGCAGGCCCUGCGCCAGGCUGCCUUUGAUCCUGAAGGGGAGUCUUUGGGCACCGGGCUGAGUGCUGACCGUCGCCGUUCCCUCUGUGCCCGCGAGUUUCGAAAACUGGGCUUCUCCGUGAGCAACCCCUCCCUAGCUCCCCACCCCUGCCUCAACCCAGGGCUGCUUUGUUCCAGAGGCCUGGAGUCCUUACUGAGCUACCUGUCCCUCUUUCCCCAGAACAGCAACCCUGCACAGGAUCUAGAGCGAGUGCCCCCCGGCCUGUUGGCCCUGGACAACAUGCUUUACUUCUCCAGACAUGCACCUAGUGCUUACAGCCGGUUUGUGUUGGAGAACAGCAGCCGUGAGGACAAGCAUGAGUGCCCCUUUGCCCGGAGCAGCAUCCAGCUGACUGUGCUGCUGUGUGAGCUGCUCCACAUUGGGGAGCCCUGCUCCGAAACAGCCCAGGAUUUUUCACCCAUGUUCUUCAGCCAAGACCAGAGUUUCCAUGAGCUCUUCUGUGUGAGCAUCCAGCUGCUUAAUAAGACCUGGAAGGAGAUGCGGGCCACCCAGGAGGACUUUGAUAAGGUCAUGCAAGUGGUGCGAGAGCAGCUGGCCCGCACGCUGGCCUUGAAGCCCAGCUCCCUGGAGCUUUUCCGCACCAAGGUGAAUGCGCUCCCCUACGGGGAGGUCCUGCGGCUGAGACAGACAGAGCGGCUGCAUCAGGAGGGCACACUGGCCCCUCCCAUACUGGAGCUGCGGGAGAAGCUGAAGCCGGAACUCAUGGGCCUGAUCCGCCAGCAGCGUUUGCUCCGCCUCUGUGAGGGGACACUCUUCCGCAAGAUCAGCAGCCGGCGACGCCAGACAAGUUGUGGUUCUGCUGCCUGUCCCCUAACCACAAGGUGCUGCAGUAUGGGGACGUGGAGGAGGGUUCCAGCCCACCCACCCCUGAGAGCCUACCUGAGCAGCGUAAGAAUGGGGCAAGGGUCAGGAUCAGCCACCUGCUCUCCCCAGACCAUGUCACAGGACCACCUGGGUCCCAGUGAUCAGCCUAGCCUUCUUCCUGCAGUCCCUGUGGCUGAUAUCAAGGCACUGCUAACAGGCAAAGACUGCCCCCACGUCCGGGAGAAAGGCUCAGGGAAGCAGAACAAGGAUCUCUAUGAGUUAGCCUUCUCAGUCAGCUAUGACCAUGGGGAGGAGGAGGCAUACCUCAACUUCAUCGCCCCAUCCAAACGGGAGUUCCACCUGUGGACAGAUGGGCUGAGCGCCCUGCUGGGAAGUCCCAUGGGUAGUGAGCAGACUCGGCUGGACCUGGAACAGCUGUUGACGAUGGAGACCAAGCUGCGGUUGUUGGAGCUGGAGAAUGUGCCCAUUCCUGAGCAGCCACCUCCCAUCCCCCCGCCCCCCACCAAUUUCAACUUCUGCUAUGACUGCAGCAUCCCUGAACCUUGACAGUGAGGUUGGCCGUGGGCCACAGCUGCUGGCACUGCGGCAACCAUGAAGGGUGGAGGGUGGAAAAGCCCAGACAUCCGGACAAACAGAGGCUGCAGCAGAAAUAAAGUCUGCUUGGCUCUUA